AUGAGCGCUGGCGCGACUCGGCCCGCCGCCGGCGACUCCACGCCCGGCUCCGACGGCGACCGUAUCACCAGCCUGUUCCCCAAGUGCAGGCCGCGCGCCAUGCAUCACCAUCACGACAGAUUGAAUACUGCCAUAGAGGGCAGGGAAAUGAACAAUAUGAACAACAUGUCCUCGGACGAGGAGCGGGAGAAUGACGCUCAGGUUAUACUCAAUUCUAAAGGACCCUAUAAGCUAAGAGAUUCUAGGAUAAUAGAAAUCGCUGGAGGGAGGGAGCUGUACUCGCAAAGUAGAACAAAAGCUGUGCGGAAGUUACGUCACAACAACACGCACAAGCACAACCUGCGGAACAAAAUACGAUCAAUUAGCAAAGAUGGGGUCGACUAUGGCGCGGAUAAUAUCACUAACGAGAUAUCUUUGCAUAGGAUAAACAGUGAACCGAAGAAGAUGAUUUCGAGGCAUACGUCGCCGACGUACACAAAUGGCGAUAGGGAUAUUCUAGAACAAACUAUGGGUAUACCCAAGAACAGCUCCCCAAUCCUGGAUCCCCACAAGAUUGCUGAUGUCAGCGCUAAGAGCAGCCCCAUCGCGGUGGUGGCCGAUGGACAGGUUGUGGUUUUCGACGACAAUGACGAUUGGAAAGUUAUAUUGAAUUCUGUGUCUCUAGGUUUGAGGAUGGACCCGGACGUAAGUGAUGACGAAAUCGACGUGAGUGUUAAGAGGACUUUAGACAAUUUGAAAAAUGGUGAUAGUGAGGUGAAUAAGAGUGACAGUGAAAGUGAGUCGAGCUCACGGGGCGUGAGACUGAGCGAGGGGAGUCCCACGGGGGUCUGGCUGUCGGACGACGACAAGACCAGGGUCACCAGGGUCAUCGGGGAGCUGCCCAUAGCCGAGUACGAGGGCUCGCCGCGCAGAUACGGCAUAGGGCAGUCUACGCAGAAGACUCAACUUAGAUCGCCCAGACCAGGAUUUCCUCAGCGAAUAAUAACCGAGAGCCGAGAUGAAACUCCGCCGCCGUCGUCGGCAUUCGACUACUUGUACGAGUUUUCGGAGACCAGGAAAGUCCUCGAAGAGUUCUUCAAGUGUCCACAACAACAAAACUCCAACGAUGAAAUCGUCAACUUUCAAGACUUGGACUACGAGCUCCGUCGCCAGACGCACGAAUGUCCCUCGGAGAACGGGAUAGAGGAGAGCGAGGGGGACUGGGGGCUGGCCGACACGCUCCAUUCGCCCCACGCGGCGCACAACCACACCAACUUCCUCGGCCUGCAGGUGCACCAACAACACGGUCGCUACGGCGCCCCGGACGUGUCCGCGCUAAGGGCGGGUCAGGGCGAGCCGGACACGGCCGACAGCGUGUGCGCUUCCCCUGCGUUGCCCGCGCACGCUCUGGCUCUUUCGUCCGCGAGUGACACGCCUAGUGACCUCUCGCUCGCACUUAUGGAGAACGAGCUCUCUGAGAUGAAAAUACAAAUGGAGUUGAACCGAGUGGUGGGAGCCCACAUGCCCGUGGUGGAGGACGGACUCUCCUCCGGACACGUCUCCGACACUGACAAUAAUAAUCAGAUUAUUUCGUUGCCGACUCAUUCGCCGAUGAAAAUAGAAGAAAUAGUCGAUAGUGGAACUAACACGGAUCCUCAUCUCCUCUCCGACGCGGAUCUUCAUUCUCUCGACCCGUUAGCCGUGCCUCCCCCCGCGCCGGCCCCUCACCGGCCUCUGGACCAUUCGCCGCAUCACCACCACGGACACCACGACGACGUCUAUCCCAGAAAGCGACCGACGUCGGCGCAGAGCAAUGAUUCGGUGGAGAUUAAGGCUGUCAGUGGAGACGAAGAUGAAGCGGACACGGAUCUCGAAACGGACAGGCUGCUGGGUCAGCAGAGGACGGAUGACCAGGGAUUUUUUGACGACAAAGUGAGUCCUAAUUUAUAA